GGCAUGAAACGGCUGGAGUGGCUCACCUUAUGUCGUCAUUUACGCUAUUUUCGCAGUUUUGAUUAUUUUAGUGAAAAUGCGCGGCGUUGGGGGUGACUUCGCAGUUUCGAAAUACUUAGUACACUUCGAUAAUGGAUUGAGGAAUCGAUAUAUGCCAAAAUGUGCUUCGUAACGGUUCAACAACACUGACGCUUGAACGAAUAUGUAGGCUACCACUCGUGACGUAUCGACUCUCAGCGAUGUCCAAGCUAGAAUGGGAAUCGACCAACAACUCGCUGGCUUCAGAUGAACAUAUGUUCGUGUCCAGCAGUUACCUGGAAAUACUAUAUAGCUGCUGGUUCCACAUUAAAAAAAACGUCAGUAUCCAACAUUUGAUUGAAUUUAUCUAUUCGUUUGUUUCAAGUAUGAAAUUCAUCGUCCAACAGUUUACUAAAUAACAAAUGAAGAAACUCUUAUCGUCCAGGGAAAUUAAUCAAGUUAUUUUAGAAAGAUUCUAAACGUUAGUAAUGGAUUAGCAAAUUUGCAUCUUCUCGGCUGAACAUUUUGAAUUAAAUAGCUAUGGUUAAUAUAUACAAGGUUUUGAAACAAUAUCAAUGAUAAAUUGGCACAAAUAACUAUAUCUUCAGUAUUAGAUAUAAUAUGUCUUUGAUCCAGAAACUUAGGAAAUGGUCAGCUUAAGUUGAUUGACCUUAAACAAGCAAUUACGACGAAAUAGACCAUUGGCUUGAUCUCAAAAUACCGUACGCUGGGUAAAUAAGUCGACAUUUUGUUCAGUGUUUCGCAGUCUUCAGUUAUAAGUUUGCUAGACCCAGUCGAAGAGUCGAGCGAUAUUUUGUUCCCAGGAGACAUUAGAGAACCUAAGCCUAAGGGAGUUAUCGCCACAGACGUGUUUUCCGGUGUCUUAGUUAGCUAACUAGGAACAAUGCCUAGAGCACCUGGAAGAGGAAGACUUUCUGGAAGCGAAGGGGAGCGCGCCGUUGCGUCCAUAGAGAAGAAGAUAGACGACACCGUCGAUCUCGCCAUAUCCCGUCUGAAGUCCUGCGUCCAGGAGGAGAUCAUGGAACUGAAGGGGAAGAUGUUCGGUUUGCGCUUGCAGUACAACUUGCUGAAGGCCGAGAACGAUGCUCUGAGACUGCUGCAAGGGAACGGUGGGAAUGACAUCGCUGCUGGUGUUCCUGUUGCAGCUGUUCCUGUUCCCGUUCCCGUUCCCGGCAAUGGCGACCAGGAACCCGCCGAUGGCGGUAACCCUGAGUUGAUGGACCUUUGAAGACUACUGCAGCUGCUGAUAAUGAAGAUGAUUUUGGUUGUUGUUGUUAGGAAUUGCAGGCAUUUUACGACAUUUGAAACUCUCAUUUAAAAGUUUUCGUUGCUGCGAAUGUUCAAUAAACUAGCAAACUAGAAAAUACUGGACUUGGCUAUAUAUUGAGAGAUUUUUGUGUCCAUAGUUGUUUUAAGACAGAAAUUGUGAUUUCUUUUAUUUUUUUUUUUAGCUUAGUUCG